AUGACUAUUGUCAUCUUCUACGGCAAGGGCAAACCACGAGACUCUGCAAACGCUGCUCAUUUAUUUACAGAUAACAUUGCAGCAGCACCCAGAGAUCUCCGGAAGUUUGCUCACUUCAGACAACGAAAAACAAAAAGCGACGUCGCGCAGUCGCAGAAAAAGACGGCGAAGAGGAAGGGCUCGUCUGUCCACACACAUGACGUUCCGAAGGAAGAGUACGCACUAGCGGCCCGAGAUGUUGGUGAGGGUGUAGAGAGGAAGGCUGAAGACACCAACCUACUAGAGACAACAACAGAGACAGAGACAGUUGUGGUAAAUUCUGCUGCAGAAUACAGUGAGCUUGAUGCUAAGAUGUGUCAGGCGAGAAUAGCUGAGUUGGAGGAGAGACUUGUGGAGAAACAGGACGCAGUGGAAAGACUCACUGCGCAGAUGGACGAGCUGCAGGAACAACUCGCCCAGCACAGUGACUCUGUGCAACUGCAGGAAACCACUGUUCAAGAGCAAAAUGAAGUCAUCGGGAAACUAACGAGCUGCCUUCAACAGACGAAGAAGGAUCGGGAUGACCUACAGGAAGAGGCUUCGCGUGUAGCUGGUCAGAUCCAUGGUUUACAGCUGCAGUUGCAUCAGGUUACUGAGAUGCUGAGGAAUAAAAGCCCUGGGAAAAUUCAAGUGUUAGAAGCCCAGCAGCAGAUGGCCUUGUUUCAGAACCGUCUCAGAGAGCAAAAUGCGCAUUUGGAGAUGCUGCGUCAGAAAGCAUAUGACCUGGAAGUACAGCUUGAGUCUUCUCAAAAGAAUACCAAAGAUAAAGAGAAUCUGCUUUCCCAAAUGGAAGAGGAUAUGAAAGAUACAAUGCAACAGCUAUACAAAAGCAUAGGAGAAAAAGAAGAACAUAUUAAAAGUCUUCAAGAUCUCCUGACAGCGGAAAGGUUUAGCUUGUCUAUACUACAACAUACACUUUCUCUCCGGGACUCAGAAAUAACAGAAUUAAAAAAUGAAAUAGCUUUAUCUAAAAUGAAAGAACAGCAACAUAUUGAAGAACUGAAAAUCAGUCAUGAAAAGGAUAUUUGCAGACAGUUGGAGAACUUGAGGGCUGAGCUGCAGAAUUGCCACAGAAGAGAGAUUGCAGAAGCCAAGCAGGUAUAUGAAGAAGAAAUUAUUUCAAAAUAUAAGAAUGAACUCGAACAGCUGAAAAAAGAACUCUGUGGUCUGAAUUCUGACGAGCACAUUCAGAAUUUGAAUGGCAUAAUAAUUGACUUAAAUAAUAGUCUUCGUGAGUCUGAAAUUAAUAAAGAAAAUUUGAGAAAGAAACUUGAGAUGCAACAGGAAGACUUCAAGAGAGAAAAAUCUGAAAUUGAGACUAGAUACAAGGAUUUAAUCGAUGGCCUAAAGUCUCAACUUUCUGAUGCAGAAGAGCAGGUCAAGGAAGUCCAGCGAUAUAAACAAGAAAAACAGUUCUUGAAUGAAGAGAUUCAGAAACUGAAUUCUUUCAUCCAGGAAUUAAAUGAAAAGCGACUUUAUGAGGCUGAAAAAAAUAUAGAUGUAAGGCAAAAGCAUGAUGAAGAGAUUGUUUCCAGUAAAAAGCUAAAAAAAUUGAGGGAAAACCAGAUUGUACCAGAAGUGUCGCAGUUGCAGAGAGCAGAUCUUGAGGAGAUGUGGAAUAAACCGCACCAGUUCGAAAGCGAAGAUGAGCUAGUUCACAAAGAACCAGAGUUCCAGCAUGACUUGGGAGUAGGCUCCUCAAGGGAUCAAUUAGAAGAAUUUCAGACUUCAAAGAUCACACAGAACAAUGAAAAUACUGAAGGAGGUAACCUGUCUGAAGAAGGCUUGUCAGGGCUUUUCGGUGCUGAUGAAGGCAUAUUGGCUAAAUAUCUCAUCUCAACGGGGGGACCAGAAGAGUCGUAUGUGUCCAGCACUUCUGAAGCUUACGCCAUUGAAGAAGGUAGAUGCAGUAGGUAUGGGUUAGACAGUAGCAGUCUUCUAGAAGCCAGCAGCGAUUUUAUACCUCCUCUAUUAAACUUUAGCCUUGAUGAGAAAAUGUGUCCUAGGGGUUUGGCUCAAGAGACCUUUGAAGAGAAUGAGUUGGGAGCAGAGGCCUUUGCUUCGUUUUUGUCAGAUAGCUCCCUGCAGCAAAACAAAAUAAAAGACCACAGUGACGUAAAAGAUGAUGAGACAGCUUGUUUAGUAGAGAGAUGUGUGAAGCUAACUGAGCAGCUCCAUGAGAAGGAGUCAGCCUUGAAGAAAUCUAGUCAGGAGACCCAAGAAGCUGUUGGAAAAUGGAAAAAAUUAAUGGCUGAGCUCUCUCAGGUGCGUGCGGAACUGGAUGAGGAGCGUGUAGCACGGAUCCAUUGUGAAAAAGCGCUUCUUCAAAAAACAGAGAAGGAGAAAGAAUUGGAAAACAAAGUCAUUCUUCUGGUAAAGCAGAAGGGUGAGGAUGGAGGCCAACCUUACUGUGCUGUAGAGCCUCCAACGCAAGUGUCAAAACCCUCUACCUGGCAAGAAAUGGUAAAAGACCUCCAGGAGGAAAGAGAAAUGUUGAUGGUGCAGCUGCGAACUCAGGAGCAGUUAGUGAAAGAUGUUCAAGAGCAGAAAACAGCUUCUGAUUCUGUAACAAGUGAAGUACAGUCACUUUUUGGACGUCAGUUGGCUGCUUUGCAAAGUCAAAGGGAUGAAAUGCAAAGCCAGCUUGAUGCUCAGAAGGCUGAAAACCAGACAGUAGCAGAGCUGCUUGGUCAGAAAACAAUAUCUGAGGAGACAUUGCUAAAAGAACAGGAGUUGCUCAAAGCUGAGGUCAAUAAUAAAGAAGAAAAUUUAGCACUCUUAUUGAAGGAAAAAACGGCCUUAGGAGAAAGAUUAUCUAACGUGGAGGAGGAUCUAAUAAAAGCAGAAAAAGCGCUAGCAGAGAACGCUAGCAUCAUUGAGGACCUUGAGAAGAACAUACAUGAACUUAAUGCUGAAGUGAAAAACCUCAAAGAAACACAGGAAUGUGAAAGGCUGGGAUAUGAAGACAGGUUAAACUUCAGCAACCUAGAAAUUCAUAAACUUAAUGCUGAAAUAAAGGCAAAAAGUACAGAAUACAGGGAGGAAAAAACCCAGCUGACUGAAGAAAUUGCCAAUUUGAAGAAAGUUCAUUUGGAACUUGAGAAUCGCUUGCAGGAGUCCUUCCAGUCUGCACAAGCUGCUCAGGAGGCACAGUCCAAGAUGGUGAGACACUACAAGGAGGAAAUCGAUAAAAUGGAGACUCAGCGCCUUGCCGAAUUAACUAAAGUGAGUUUGACACACAAGAAGGAGAUAGAAGAAUUAAAUGCUGAAAUAAAAGAUAAAGUGGAAAACCAGCGGAAGUUGGAAGAAGAAAGAAAGGAACAGAUUGCUGUAAUAAAAAAGGUACAUGAACGAGAGCAUGAUCGUGAAGUCUCUGAACUGAUUGCUAAACAUGAGGAGGAAAUGGAGAAGCUUCGUGCUGAACUAAAUAAAGAACAGCAGCACCUCUUGGAUGAACUUCAGCAGCAAAUGGCAGCCACACACAAAGCAGAGAUUGAGCAAGCUCAGCUCCAAUCACAGACACUGCACAGCCUUGAAUUGGAAGCUUUACGCCUAAGCUUAAAUAAUAUGCACACUUCCCAGCUUGAGCUUGUGCAGUCUAACUUGAGAAAAGAAAAGGAAACUGCCCUUGUGGAACUACGGGAGAUGCUCAAUGAUAAGCGUGCCCAAGAGUUAGCCAUUCUGCAAAGCCGCCAUCAGCUGGAGUGGGAGAAGAUUAAAGAACAGCGUCUGAAGGAAAAAGAAGACCUUGAAUCAAAAUAUCAGCAAGAACUAGUUGAUCAGAGAAAGAAAAUAGAAUUGGAAAUAGAAGAGAUGCAUAUCCAGGCAUUAGAGGCUCUCAAAAGAAACUGGGAAAUGGAAUCUGAUAUGCGUUUAAAAAACACGUGUGAAGAGCUGUCUGAAAAACAUCAGACUGAAAUGGUGGAACUUCAGAAAACUCUGGAAAUGGAACUAGAAAAAGCCAAAGCAGAGCUGGGGCUUCUUGCUCUUGAAAAUGAACAGUCUAAAAUGAAAUGUGUAGAAUUGGAGAAGCAACAUCAAUUAGCCAUUACAAAAUUACAAGACGAGCUGCAGGCUGAACAUAACAAACUUCUAGAAGAUAUGAAGGUGAAAAGCCAAGAAAACGAACAGAACCUUCAGAAAGAGCUGGAGAAACUUCGUGUCAUGCAUGAAGAACUCGAGGCUCGGUCACAAGAAGAAAUCAGGCAGCUUUGGUCUCAGCUCGAUAGUACCCGAGCAAAUCGGCAAGAGCUAUGUGAUGGUGAGACCAGAAAGCAAGCCCAUGGUCCAGAGCUGAAAGAGCAGCUCCUGGCUCGUGCAUCACGGGUGGAAGAAAUAGAGCGUUUGAAAGAAGAAUUUGAACAGCAGCGGCAGCAAAGAAAAAGUGAGCAUGAAACUGAACUGGAACAACUGAGACUUUAUUUUGAGAAGAAGUUAAGAGUCGCUGAAGAAAACUACAGAGAAGAAUUGACUUUGCUGCAUCAGAGACUGCAAGAACUGAAGGAAUAUUCACUGUCAGAGUUGGAAGUGAGUCAAGAUCAAGCAGGGGACAUCAGUUCUUCUGUUGCAGUUUUUGAAGACACUGCUGAAAAAGAGAGGAGGGAUAUGCUUCGUCAGCUAAAUCAGCAGCUGGAACAACAUCAGGAAGCACUUGCCUGUUUGCAGGUACAACUUAAAGAACAACACAGGCACGAAUUAGAUUCCCUAAGGUCUUCCCUUGCACUUCAAUAUAAGGAGGACUUAAUGAAAAUGAAGAUGGAUCUGUCAGACAAAUAUAUAACAGAAAUAGAGGAAAUGAAGAGAAAGCAUUGUUUAGAACUUGAGCAGCUCCGUGCCCGACUUUCAGAAGAACAUAUUAAAGAAAUCACCAAACUGCGCCUACAGAGUGCUCAAGAUGCAGCACGUCAAGUUGAAAUGGAGGUGGCUGAGCGAGUGUCUGUGCUGGAGGAAGAGCACAAAGCUAGGCUCUCUCUUCUCCACUCUGAGAAACAGCGUAUUGCAGAGCUUUUGGAAGAAAUAAAACAUUUGAAGGAAGAGAUUACCAAACAAAAAGAUUUUUCUGUGCAGAAUGAAAAGCAUCUGAAAGAGGAAAUGGAGAAGGUAAAAUAUAAAAUUGCUGAGGAUCACCAGAAUAAAUUAAGGGAAGCCAGAGAAGAAGUCCAGAAAAUAGAGACUAUGUACAAAGAAAAAGAGAAGAAAUGGAAAUGUGAAAGCGAGGACCAGAGAAUCCAAGCAGAAGAGAAGUUAUCGUUGUUGCGUGUAGAACUGCAAGACAGAGCGGAGUCUGAGAAGCAGAGCUUACAAAAGGAGUUUGAACUUCGUGAAGCUGAAAUGAGUCAGCUUCAAGAUCAGCAAGCUGCCAGAAUUCUAGAAUUGGAGAAGCUGGUGAAAGAGCAGCAAAACAACCUGCAGCAUCUAGAGGACAGCCUGGCAAGCGCACAGGCUAUGCAGAAAUCUCAGGAGCAAUUUGACAGCGACCUGCAGGCAGCCAAAGCGCUCAUGGCAAAAGAAAUGGAAAAGGCCACGCUUUGUCUGCAGGAAGAAUGUGCACUGAAACUUAUGGAAGCACAAAACAAGUUUAUGGAGGAGCACAAAGCUAUGACUCAGAAAUUCACAACGGAGCAAGAGAUUCUUCUCCAAGAGCUGAGAAAGAAACAUGUUGAUGAGCUGGAACUCCAAAGUCAGCAGCUACAGGAGAAGCAUAAGCAGCAGAUUAUGACUCUUACAGCUCAGUUUCAGACAAAGCACCAAGCUGAAAUCGAGACACUUAAAUCUACACUGGAAAGUAAACAGCAGGUUCAGCUUGAAGCUUGUGUUGCUGAACUACAGAGAAAGCAUCAGGCACAGAUUGAUGAGCUCGAGGCUAAACACCUAUCAAAUCUGGAUUCCUUGGAGUCAUCCUACCUAUCUGAAAUUCAGAAUAUAAGAGAUGAACACAGUCAGGCUCUUGAAAAGCUACAGCUGCAGCACACGGAACAGCUCCUUGAAAAGGAUAAAAUGGAUCAAGCCUGCUUGGUUCAGGAGAUAGAGAUGUUGAAAUUAAAGCAUGCCGAAGAACUUCAGCUUUCCCAAAAUAAUUUGAAAAUUGAGCUAGCUACUGCUCAUGUGGAAAAACUUAAAGCCAUUGCUGUUGAAGCAGAAGCAGCUCAUAAGGAUGAUCUGAACACAGCUCUUCAAAAUCAAAGGAAGUUGCUGGAAGAAGAAAAACGUCUGGCCCUCGAUAUAUUACGUGAGGAAGUAUUGCGUAUGGAGGAAAAGCAUAGAAAAGCACUCCAAGAACUUCAGGAUCUUCAUGAGGCAGAAAUUAAGAAACAUAAGGAAGAAUACUCCAGGGAGCUGGAAAAAGAACUGGGGAAACAAAAAGCACAGCAUGAACAUGAGCAAGAGAUGUACGCUUCUGCAUCGGCCUCUGAAGUAGAAACUGUGCGGACAGCUCUUCUGGCUCAGUUUGAGGAGGUAAAACUGAAGCAGCAGCUUCAGUUCCAGGAAGAGAUUGAGCUGUUGAAGUGUCAGUCGGAGGUGCUGCUUGAGCAGCAGAUUGCGCAGCUGAAGGAUGAAUUUGAAGCUGAAAAAAAGGCAUCACUACAUGACAAGGAGCAGCUGUUGAUUCAGGAGAGGGAGAAAGCACAGGCUGCUCACCAAAAGGAGCAGGAGAUGUUAUCAACCCAGUUGCAGGACAAAGCCGCAAUAAUUAUCCAGCUGGAAAAGAAAGUGGAGUCUUUAAACCAUGAAAUAGAGGAGACCAACUCCCAACUGGAGACACUCCUUCAGCGGCGGGACAGAGAAAACCAAGAAGGAGGGAAUUUAGUAGCCUUGUUGAGAUCUGAUAUCGAGCAGUCCAAGGAUGAAAGGAAAAAACUGCAGGAAUCUUAUCAGCAUGUUUUGAAAUUGCUUAUGGAGUUGGUGAAGGCCACGAUAGCUGUUGAGGACCUCAUCUGUAGCAAGAUUGGUCUUUGCCUUGAUGACAGUCUGGCUUCUGGAGAUUCUAGAGAAAGUCACAUUAUUAUGGAAGAAAUGGCAUUCAUGCAGCAUUUGAAAGCCAAAAAAAAUCAUCACCUAGAAAAAGUAGAUGAGCUACUUGAUGAGACUCUCACAGAACACAACCAACUGUCUCCAGCGACUGACGAGGGGUCUGAGUUGAGCCAAUACUUGUGUGAAAGUCUUUUUGCAAAGCCAGAAUUGGCAUGCGAAAAUGAAGAAAUGACACUGAAAAUUUGUCAUCGUUUGCGCACUGCAGUGGAGAGACUUCUGGAACUGGUUACGGAAUCAACUAAACAACUGGAGAAGAUGCAUGAAAACCAUGCGCAAUUUGAAGAAGAAUUCAGCCGCCGAAAUCGGGAAACUGCCCAAGUGGUUAGUCACCACCAGGAGCUGAUGGAGUGCCUCAGUGAGGAAAGUGAGGCCAAGAAUCAGCUGGCACUAGAGCUUCAUAAAGCAGAGGGCAUUAUUGAAGGUUAUGUUGCAGAAAAAGCUGCAUUGGAAGAAGCCUUGAAUCUGAAAGAGGAAUCUGAGCGUCGCCUUGUUGUGGAGCUGGAGAAUAUGCGUGAACGCUUCCAGGAGCUAACGCAGGAGCAAGCAAUUCUUGGUCUACUCAAGGAAGUAGAACUUUUAGCAAAGGAGAAAUUAGAGCUUCAGUGUCAGGCAGAAAAGGACCAUUCCAACUUACGCUCUCAGAUGAAAGUUUUGGAGGUCGAACUGGAAGAGCAGCUGAAUAGUAAUCAGGACCUGGCUACACAGUUACUGGAGGUUGCUGAAUUAAAACAGCAAAUUCAAGUUCUGGAAAAACAGCUUAAAAACCAGCGGCAAUUCAUGGAUGAACAAGCUAUAGAAAGGGAACAUGAACGUGAUGAUUUUAACUAUGAAUUGAUUCUACAGGUAGAAUCUUUGCAAGCACAAAUAAAGGAGAAGAUAGAUGAUUACAAUAAGCUGUUAUUAGAAAAGGAGCAAAACCACCGAGAAAUUACAGCUCGUGAUAAAGAGAUAGAAAAACUGAUGGCACAGAUCCGAGAACUGGAGCACAGCGGUGCUGACGUCUCAAAGACUGUACACCACUUGGAACAACAGCUGCAGAAAAUGAAGAAAGUGGAAACCGAAUUGAAACAAGAUAAGGAGGCGCUGCAACAGCAGCAGUACAACAACCUGAUUCAGAUCUCUGCCCUCCAGUCUAAACUGGACGAAGCGAGGCACAGGGUACCAGCAGACGGCGGGUCUGCCCCAGUGCUGAAGGAGCAGUUGCAGGCGGAGCAGGAAGCACUGCAGACCAGAGAGAGAGAGAUUGCAAGCUUGUUAGAGCAACUAGAACAAUAUAAAGAUAAUUUGGUCAGUAAAAACGAGGAGAUAUUGCAGCUGAACUUGCAGUUAGAGAUGCAAAAGAACCUUAGCACUUCCAGCAUCAGCCAGCUUCAGUUGGAGAAUGCACACUUGAAGGAUAUAACAAAACUUCAUGUGAAGCAAAAUCAGGACCUGGGUGUUAGCGAUUCCUCAGUUUUGUCAUUCCCACAAGCACUACUUAAAGAAAAGAAUGAAGAAAUCGAUCACUUGAAUGAGCAGAUGAAGAGGCUCCAGCACGAGCUAGAGAACAGUCUGAAUAAAGUUGUGGAAGACCAAAAAUCUGAAAUUGAAGAACUCAAAUCACUUGUUGAGCACCUUCGCGGUGACCAGGAAAGGCUGCGUAAAGACAAAGACGAAGAGGUAGAGCAACUCCAUGGAAUAAUUGAGAAGCUUCAAAAAGAGCUGGCACAAUUUGGACCAGUAUGUCAUGAAGUUAGUGACAACCAGGAUGAUCUCUAUCAACUUGCUUUGGGAGAGCCAGUGGAGAACCUUCAGAACGAGUUGAGGAAGGGACUGGCGGAUUGUCAGGGCGAUAUUGAUCCAAACAGCAGAAAUGCAUUGCCUCUUUUCAAAGUGAGAGAACUUCAGGAGGAACUAGAGCUUGUCUCAACUGCCAGAGAAGCUCUGCAGCAGCAACUCGAAGAGAAGGAAUUGCGAUUCAAAAUGGAAGUCGAAAUUUUGGAGAAAAAGUGCCAAAAAUUACGAGAAUCAUCAGAGCAGCAUGUUGCAGAGCUAACCUCUCUGAGAAAACAAUAUGACGCGCUUCAGGAAGAGUACAGCCUUUUCCAAACACAUUUUUCUCAGAGAGAGGUUGAAGCAAGGAUGACUUCUUCCCGCAUUCAAGAACUUGAAGAUACUGUGAGAGAAAGGGAAGCAAAUAUUCUGGAGAAAGACAGGCAGAUAAAGACAAUGGCAGAUCAAAGAGAAGCUGACACAACCGAGUUGCAGUGCUUAGCAAAAAAGGCAGCAGAGCUUCAAACAGAGUUGGAAAAGAGAGAUGCGAAUCAUGCUCAAGAUGUUGAUAGUCUUCAGCUAGAAGUUUCUAGGCUUGAUUUCCAGGUGCAGGCGCUGAACCAGAAAGAAGUAGCAUAUCAGAGAGAAAUCAAUGAACUGCAAGAUACCACUGCAAAACUGAAAGAUCAGAUGGAGGCAUAUAUGAAACAGCUUGAAGCCUUACGGUUGGAAAGAGGUGAACUUCUUUCUCAGUUGGAGUUGUACAAGCCAAAGGAGCAACGUGAUUGUGAAGAGACUGACCUUCUCAAGCCGUUUUGCUGGAGAGGAAAAAAAGGCGAAGCCCUGAAAAAAGGAAUGGAGGAACUGGAAGAACUGGAAGCAAACACUGCUCAGUCAUUUGCAGUGCUGGCUUCUGCUGCUGAUAAACUGGAAAAAGAUGAAGUUAUAUUUGACUUGACAACUCGCAAUAUAAAUCCAAAAACUCAGAUAAAGCAAUCACAAGAAAAUGUCUUGACACAGGAAUUGGAUGUCACCAAAAACUCUGAAGAGGAGCAAGUUCUGAAAAAGCAUUGCCAGCAAAUGUUGGAAAUUCACCAGACUCCUGAUUCUCCAAAACACAAUUUGAACACAGGCAAAGACGCUUCGAAAGACUUCCAGAAUUUUAUUGCAGAUAUGGCUUCGUGGGGCUCACCUGAGAUUGUGAGAAAGCAAGAUAUGAGCGUGGAACUUCAACCGGCGCUUCAUCUGACACCCUUUUCGGAAGGUGAAAGCCCAGAUUUAGAAAUUAUGCACACCAGGUCAUCUGUGCAAGAAGAGAACUCUGCAUUGCUGGGAUAUUCUAACCUGUAUGAAAAUAGCAGUGAGGAAGCGGCAGUGGGAGCAGAUAGAAAAUCUCCAGCUUUCUCUGAAAGCACCUACUCUGUUGAUGAUGACCAAGACAUGGAGAAGAUUUUGCAGAUGAGAGAAGCUGAUAAUCUAACUUUAACCCCUUCUGAUUUACAAGAUGAUGUGAGAUCAAGAGCAUCUGCCGUAGAUGCGAUGAGCGAUGGAUAUGGCAGCAAUACCAGCUCAAAUUUGGCAGCUAAACUAAAGCAGGAGCUACAGACGUCAGACCACCUAGACGCUGGUUUCGUGGCUUAUCUGCGGUACCGUGGAAUGUUUCCAGAUACUAUGGAAUCAAAGAGAGAAAACGAAAUACUUUCACCACAGCUGAAGACUGUGCUGAGGAUGGUGUAUGAGGAGAGCCGCAAAAUAUUGGCUUUGUCAGAAGGUCCCUUUGGUUUUAGGGAGCUGAAAAAUGUUCAUCAGGCCAGAGCGGCGGUGGAGGGGUGGCAGAAGGAGGGCUUGGCCUUACUGGAUGCUAUACAGUCGCUGAAAGAUUACCUUAGCAAGGUGGCGGAUAGAGGAGACAAGGACGAACAGAGGCAGAUGGUGGUAGAGCACCUGUUCUCCUCAGACCGGAAUAGCUUGCUGGCUGAAAUACAGGACCUCCGGGCUCAGCUGCGCCUGACACAUCUUCACAACCAGGAGAAGCUGCAGCAGUUGCAGGAAACCCUCAUCAGCGCAGAAGAUCGCGGGAGCAAACAAGCAUACCAGCUUCGGAGGAAAGUUGAAUUAUUAGAAUAUAAGCUGCAGCAAGAAAAAUGUAUCUUAAGUGACCUGCAGAGCACCCUGUCUGAGGAGCAGAAGAGAGCCUCUGAAACGUGUCAUCUCUUGAAUCAAGAAAAAGCAGCCCUGAAAUUAGAGCUUUAUGAAAGUAAGCAAGAGCACGAAAGGCUGCAGAAAUCCAUAGAAGAUCUUCAGAGGGAAAUAAAUCAGUUACGUUUUGAAUUGGGAAAAAAAGAAAAGGAUUUGGCAGCUGCACUUGAAGACUUGCAGACUGAGCAUCUGAAGGAGACAGAGCUACGAGGCUUGUUUGAGGAGCAGCAGCUUCAGCACAAGAAAGCAGAGGAUGAAAAGACAAAGGCCUUGGAGGAGCUGCGGGCGGCCUUGGAGCUGCAGUCGGUGCAGAGCAGCCAGCUGGCCAUCUCCUUGGAGCACGAGCAAAUGGUGAAUGAUAAUCUCCGCAAGGAACUUCAGAUCGAGCACUCCCGCUGUGAAGCGCUGCUGUCCCAGGAACAGACCAAACUGUCGGAGCUACAGAGAAAUCUGGACGCUGAGAAAAAUCGGUCGUUGGAGCUCCUGAAUUCCUUGAAUCACGAACGCCUUUUGACAGAACAGUUGAGCGUGAGAGUGAAGGAAGGUGCUUCCUGUCAGCACAGGGAGUCGCUGCUGGAACAAGACUUUGUUCGAGAGCUCCAGGCCCAGCUGGAAGAAGAGAGGUCCCGAACGACGGAGCUAGCUGCUGUUAUUGAGAAGAUGCACCAGAAGGCCAUUCAUUCCAAAAGGCAGCUAGAGGCCGAAGUGCAGAUGUGCUGCGAAGAGACCCAGAAGGAGAGGGAGGUCAGUGACAAACUGCGAGCUACACUGGAAUCUCUUCAGCACCAAAAGCAAGAGCAAAACUUGGAACAGCAACACCAGAAGGAUGAACAAAGAAUUAAAGAGCUGCAGGAAAUAGUGGCAGUAUUAGAAGAAAGAGAAAGAAAUGUCCCAUCUCCGAGCCAUCAGCAAGGACUGUUGUGCACCUUAAACAAAGAUCAAAAUGCCAGACAGGCCACGACAAAAGAAACUGAAAGAUCACAUUUGCAACAGCAGCAGCAACAGCUAGAGAAGAUAAGACAGCAGUUGUUUUUUGUAACUGUGCACCUGAACGAGUUCAUAUAUAAAACUGUAGAUAAAACUGUUAACGAUUGGUCUGCAUCAAAUGAUGAAGCUGUUGCCUCUUUACUACAGACAUUAAAGGAACUAAAAUCGGAUUUAUUGUCUCCUCCUGCAUCUCGGGUCAGAUUUACGGAUGCCCCUGACUCUGUUCAAGAACUGGAAAGAGACGCUUGGCAGCGAGAGAGAAAGGUUUUGCAGAAUGCACUGCAACAGGCUGAAUCCGAACUGGCUAAAGCGACUGUUGCAGUUGAAAACAAACCAGUGGUGGAAGCUUCCAGUCCUAAGUUGCAGAGAUUAUAUAGGAAGUACCUUAGAGCAGAGAGCUUUCGAAAGGCUCUGGUUUAUCAGAAGAAAUACCUCUUGCUGCUCCUUGGUGGGUUUCAGGACUGUGAGCAAGCGACCCUCUCUCUGAUAGCGCGUAUGGGAAUCUACCCCUCGCCUGCAGAUCUGCAGCUUGCUGGAUCACGCUCCCGUGCUUUCACCAAGUUCAGAUGUGCAGUCAGGGCCAUCAUCGCAGUAUCAAGGUUGAAGUUUUUGGUGAAAAAGUGGAACAAAGUUAGCAGGAAGAGCACACAGGGUGAAACCAUUUCUCACAGUAUAGGAGGUAAUACAGCCUCUGGUACUAGAACAGAAGUUCUGAAAGAGCAGUGGCCGGCAGCCGUUCAUCUCUGCUCUCCCCCGACCCGGGACACUGGGUUCUGCUGCAGAACGAGCUCGGCAAGAUUUGUGAGCCGCUCCCCCAGGUCCUCGUACUGCGUGUGGGACAGAUCGCAUCCAUCCACAAGUCCAGCUUCAGAGAAGUCCCUUGCGCCUAGCCAGGAUCCCGAACGCUCCCUGACGGAAUACAUCCAUCGCCUAGAGGUCAUCCAGCAAAGACUAGGGGGUGCGCAGCCAGGAAAAGUACAGGCAGAAUUGUAA